AUGAUGCUGCUACAAACACCUAUGGAGCACCCAGUGUGUGCCAAGGACCGACCAAGCAGUGGAGCUACUGCUGUGGUUCAGGCUGCUCUGUGCAAGCCAAGACAAGAACGAGUAGCAAUAAAGCGGAUCAACUUGGAAAAAUGCCAGACCAGUAUGGAUGAACUAUUAAAAGAAAUUCAAGCCAUGAGUCAGUGCAGCCACCCCAAUGUAGUGACCUAUUACACCUCUUUUGUGGUGAAAGACGAACUUUGGCUGGUUAUGAAAUUGCUAAGUGGAGGUUCAAUGCUGGAUAUCAUAAAAUACAUUGUCAACCGAGGAGAACACAAGAAUGGAGUUCUGGAAGAGGCAAUAAUAGCAACAAUUCUUAAAGAAGUUUUGGAAGGCUUAGACUAUCUACACAGAAAUGGUCAGAUUCACAGGGAUUUGAAAGCUGGAAAUAUUCUUUUGGGCGAGGAUGGUUCGGUACAAAUAGCAGAUUUUGGGGUAAGUGCAUUCUUAGCAACAGGGGGUGAUGUUACCCGGAACAAAGUAAGAAAAACUUUUGUUGGCACCCCAUGUUGGAUGGCCCCUGAAGUCAUGGAACAGGUGAGAGGCUAUGACUUCAAGGCUGACAUGUGGAGUUUCGGAAUAACUGCUAUCGAAUUAGCAACAGGAGCAGCACCUUAUCACAAAUAUCCUCCUAUGAAAGUGUUAAUGUUGACUUUGCAAAAUGAUCCACCCACUUUAGAAACAGGAGUAGAGGAUAAGGAAAUGAUGAAAAAGUACGGCAAGUCCUUUAGAAAAUUACUUUCACUGUGUCUUCAGAAAGAUCCUUCCAAAAGGCCCACAGCAGCAGAACUUUUAAAAUGCAAAUUCUUCCAGAAAGCCAAGAACAGAGAGUACCUGAUUGAGAAGCUGCUUACAAGAACACCAGACAUAGCCCAAAGAGCCAAAAAGGUAAGAAGAGUUCCCGGGUCAAGCGGUCACCUUCAUAAAACUGAAGACGGUGACUGGGAGUGGAGUGACGACGAGAUGGAUGAAAAGAGUGAAGAAGGAAAAGCAGCUUUUUCUCAAGAAAAGUCACGAAGAGUAAAAGAAGAAAAUCCAGAGAUCGCAAUGAAUGCCAGCAGUAUACCCGAGCAAAUACAGUCCCUUUCUGUGCAGGACUCUCAGGGCCAACCCAAUGCUAGCGAAGACUAUAGAGAAGCUUCUUGUGUUGUGAACCUCGUUUUAAGAUUAAGAAACUCCAGAAAGGAACUGAAUGACAUACGAUUUGAGUUUACUCCAGGAAGAGAUACGGCAGAUGGUGUUUCUCAGGAGCUCUUCUCUGCUGGCUUGGUCGAUGGCCAUGAUGUAGUUAUAGUGGCUGCUAAUUUACAGAAGAUUGUAGAUGAUCCCAAAGCAUUAAAAACAUUGACAUUUAAGUUGGUAAGUGAAAAGCUAUGGAAAGAAGGUGAAUGUUUUACCAUGCUGUGCCAGCAAGUAAUAAUAAUAGAGCUUCAUAACCUACUGUGUAGUUUUGUUGUUGUUCUUUUCCUUUGGGAUCCAUUUUUGCAUUUGUCAUUUGCCUCAUCAAGAUUUGGAAACAUUUUCUGACCAUGACCAGAAAUUUCCUCUUCAAUGAGCAUAUCUUACUUACCCUUUUACAAUUACAUCUUUAACUAAGAAUGGCCAUUUGAGAAUCUUGUACCAUUUUGCUUCCAGUUUGUAUGGCAAGUUGACCAUGUAGACAAAAUUAAACUGAAUUCAAAGCAACAGUCUUAAUAAAACUUCCCUGAGGUGAAAGCCAAAUGGUUCUAACUUUUAAAAAUAGAGGCUGAUCGUUGGGGAAAUGGUUUAGAUAAUUGGAAAUGAUUGCAGACUAACUCACCAAAGCCUAAUAAACAAAGACAUAACAUUUUCACUCCACAUUUCAAAUCACAGUAACAGAGUCUUUUAAGGAGUAGAUGUUGAACAGGUGUUCUGCUCUAGCAGAUUUUAAACUUAGGAUCUGGAGUGGCACAGAAACCCAGAGUAGUGGGCAUUGUGAGACUAGGACAGGUGGAGGCGAGGCCAGAAACGGAGAGAAGUCCAAAUAAGCAGAAGUGACUAUUUUCCUGAAAGGUUUAGCAAAUAGUACAUUGCGGUCUAAUAAAUAGCUUGUUUUAGAAUUAUAAAUUAAUAUUACCAAGGGCCAGUCAGAAUGCUGCAAUUUAAAAUCUAGAUGGCCAACACUUUGCUGUAAACGACAUAUAUGGAUGAUUUGCCUUUUUUAUUUCUUGUGAAAAUUAAAUGGAAAAUGUGUGUGGCCAAAAAUGCUAAAUGGUUAGUGACAGUAAAUGUUAGCCUAAUGCUAAUUAACUUUUUGGGUCUAGCUUCUCAUCUAAUUUCAGAUGGCGAGGCUGUGUGAUAAAAGAGCACAAAGAUUUUCACAGACAGGAUUUAUCUGAAGAAAUUAGCUUUGUUUUGAUAAUAAACAAACAUUUUAUUCAGACUUAGAGUGAUAAAUUAGCAAAUUGAAAAAUUCAUCUUCUAGCUUGGAACUACACUGUCACCUCUAUUAUGUUUCUAAUGCACCUGCAGUUUUGAAAAUGUUUCAUUUAUGUGAGAAUAUAUUUAUCAGAAAAUGGCACCCUGUGUUGGCAUUUCAAGUCAAUACACAUGUCUUUUUACUCACUUUUUAUAAUAUAAGAAAGUUAGAAAUUGUACCAUAUCCAGAAUGUUUUUCUUGAUGUUGAAUA